AUGACUAUCAAGCCUGUCCUCGGCGUGCAGGCUGACGACGAAUGGUCUCCUCUCCGAGCUGUCAUCGUCGGCCGUGCCGGCCGUGCUUGUUUCCCCAGCGCUCCAGCCAAAAUGAUCGAGGCAACCAUGCCCUCUGCUCAUGCCCACCGAUUCCAGCCAAAGGCUCCAUUCCCCGAAAAACUCAUUGCGAAGGCCGAGGCAGAGUUGGACUACUUCGCUGCUAUUCUAAAAGCCGAAGGCAUUGAAGUCUACAGGCCUCCGGCGGGGAUUGACUGGUUGGCCGAGGAAGGGUAUACGGGCGCCAUGCCCCGAGACGGGCUAAUGAGUGUUGGAAACACGCUGAUCGAGGCGUGCUUUGCCUGGCCCUGCCGUUCGCGUGAGAUCGAGAUCGCCUAUACCUCCAUCCUGGACGCCGUGUCCAAGGACACCCGAGUACAGAUCGUCAGGCGCCCGGCUAGUUCUUUCGCCAACACUCUCCUUGAUGAAGAAGACAGCUGCACCAGACAGUGGGCCAUCAACAAUAGCAGGCCGGCCUUCGAUACUGCCGACUUUAUGCGGCUCGGCCACACCAUCCUCGGUCAGUACAGCCAUGUCACGAACCAGGCCGGUGUGGACUACAUCCAACAGCACUUGCCCAAGGGGUACCAGGUCGAAAUGAUCGAGGUCAAUGACCCGAGCGCGAUGCACAUUGAUGCAACAAUUCUCCCGCUGCGCGACGGUUUGCUGGUGUAUAAUCCCAUGAAGAUCACCGAGGCAGCGCUGCGCCAACAUGCGGUGCUGGCCUCGUGGGAUCUCCAACCGUAUCCCUUCAUCCCGCAGGCCCCCACGGAGCCUCCGCUAUAUAUGACUAGCCCCUGGCUCUGUCUCAACGCGCUGGUCCUCGACGGGAAGCGCAUGGUGGUCGAAGCCAGCGACCUCCAGUCGGCGCAGUGGUACGAGUCCCUCGGCAUGGAGUGUAUCAUGUGCCCAUUCAAGCACGUCAAUAGCAUCGGAGGCUCGUUCCACUGCGCGACAGUAGAUUUGGUUCGCGACAAUUCGUAG